AGUACAGUCAAUCAGAUUAGACCCUAAAUAAAGAUUAAUCAUCUAUUUCUGGCCUCCAUAUAAUAAAUCUAAUCCACUAGAGUGUUGUAAAAUAAAACAAAAACAGAGAACAGGUGAGAAACGGCAGAUAUUCCAUAUUCCACUAACCGACCCAUUUGCAUGCGUAGUGCUCAUUCUUUUAAUUAUACAUCUUCCCUCCACUCCACACACUCACACACACACACAUAUAUAUAAAUAACAUAUUCAUCUUCUCUUCCAAAAUAUUAUAACAUACUUCAUUUUUCUCAACAUAUAUAUUAGAGUGAUCUCCCUUAAACUUCCAUUAAAAACACACAUAAAAACCAACCAAAAUCCCAUUUAUUUUCCUUUUUUACUUUACAUAACACCCUUUUAAUUCAAUCUUCUAUAAAAAAAAUGGGAAAUUAUCUAGCUUUAUGUACAAUUGGUGACAUACAAUCAAAAGAAGCCUUAUUGAAGGAAGAAAGGAUUUUGCAAAUAAUAAAGAAGGUUGAUGGAAAAGUAUUAGAGUUCACAAAUCCAAUAAGUGUGAGAGAUUUAUUGGUAAGUUAUCCUAAUUCUUAUGUUGGUAUUUUUAAGGAUGCUACACAACCUUUACCUCUUGAUCACAAGUUGAAAAUUGGUAAGGUCUAUUACCUUUUACCUUCACUUGAUCCAACUACUACUACGACGACGACAACGACGAAGACGACGAUUAAAGUGGUGAUAACAAAGGAGCAGCUUCAACAGAUACUAAGUAAACAAGGGAGUGUUGAAGAUUUUCUGUUAGGAGUUGUUCCUAAGAAAGAUUUGAGUUCUAAGGAUUGUUCUGUUUCAUCUUCUACUUGGAUUCCUAAACUUGAGUCUAUUCCUGAAGGAAAUAAUGAUGUAGUUUGUUGAUAUAUUAAUAAUUAAUAUUGUGUAUUAUGUAAUAUAUUAUAGUUGUUACAUAGAUCAAAAUACAUAUACUCAUUGUAAUAUAGGCUUUAUUUUGCUUAAUUAUAAAUGGUGACAAGAGGAAGAUAUUAAACUAAAGGGAAAAUAUGCUAGCUAGCUUGUAUGAUGGAGCUCAAAAUUUACCUUCAAAAGUCUGUUUCAUGAAUAAAAUCUACAAGCUCUUUGCUAAUUAAUUAUUCAA